UAAUUUAUUUAGUUUUAAUCCGUGAACGGAGCUCAAUGCUCACCCCAGCAGGCGAGAUACAUGAUUUUCCUCUGGCAGAAUAUUUUCUAACCGAAAUGCCAAUUUUCCUCCCAGAAGCUCAUGAACAAUGCAAAGCACGAAAUUGUCCUCCAUUGCUUCUACCAUGAGAAGCUUCAUACGCAGGUACAGUUACGGACCCGCAUCAGUGCCAACCCCUACUCCGUUGUUGAUCUCGUACUUAGAAACUAGCUUUUCUGCCAGUGUCUAUUCACGUAACAGAGCCAUAGACAAGGAAAUCAAAUCUGGGUCUUUGAACUCUGCCCAAAAACUGUUCGACGAAAUGCCUAUUCGAGAUGUUGUUACGUGGAACUUGCUGGUUUCGGGUUUCGGGCGGUAUGGACACGCAGAGCGAGCUCUGUGGCAUUAUAGUCAAAUGGUUUCCAGUGGAAUUAGAGAAAGUGCAUCCACUUUCUCAUCGGUUUUGAGUAUUUGUAGCGACUCGGGGUUUUAUGAAGAAGGCAUGCAAGUUCACUGCAGGGUGAUUGUUUUGGGGUUCAGUAUGAAUGUUUUUAUUGGAAGUUCGCUUGUUGAUCUUUAUACGCAGAUGGGUUUCGUUGUUAUUGCUUUGAAGUUGUUCAAUGAUUUGCCACAUCGAAAUUUAGCUGCAUGGAAUUUGGUUUUACGUGGAUUAUGUGAACUGGGUCGAUCAGAUAAGUUGUUAGGUUAUUAUGGCGAUAUGAAACUGGACAGUGUUGAGCCUAACGGACUUACUUUUUGCUAUUUGAUUCGUGGUUGUGUUAAUGAAAGGCUUUUGGAUGAAGGAAAGAAGUUCCAUUGCUGUGCUCUGAAACUUGGAUGGUUAAAAUCGAAUUUGUUUGUUCUGAAUGCUUUGGUGGAUUUUUACUCUGCUUGUGGAUGCUUAGAUGGUGCAAGGAAAUCGUUUGAUGUAAUUCCAGCUGAGGAUGUGAUAUCAUGGAACUCAAUUGUUUCAGUUUAUGCUGAAAAUCUUUUUCCUCUUUAUGCUCUUGAAAUGUACACUAGGAUGCAGUUGUGGGGGAAAAGGCCAUCAGUUCGUUCAUUUUUGGGAUUCCUGGGUUUAUCUAGUCGGACUCAGAAUCUAAUUCUCGGUAGGCAAAUUCAUGGUUGUAUUCUGAAAUUAGGAUUUAAUUGUGGAAGCGUUCACAUUCAAUCUGCUUUAAUUUAUAUGUAUGGGAAAUGUGGUGAGAUCGACAGUUCGGUAUCAGUUUUUGAGGGUAUUCCUGAGAGAAGCCAUGAGUGUUGCAACUCACUAAUGACAUCUUUAUUGCACUGUGGUAUCAUUGAUGACGUGGUGGAGAUGUUUGGUUUGAUGCAUGAUGAAGGUAUUGAGUUUGACGAAGUAAGCCUGUCUACGACACUGAAAGCCUUAUCAGUGUCUACUUCUGGUAGCUUGUUUAACUGCACAUCAUUGCACUGUUGUGCAAUAAAAUCCGGUUUUGAAUCUGAUAUUGCAGUCUCUUGUUCGCUGAUUGAUGCAUAUUCUAAGUCUGGCCAUUUUAGACUUUCUCAACGGAUAUUUGAGAAACUUUCUUCGCCAAAUGUCAUCUGCUUCACAUCGAUCAUUAAUGGAUAUGCCUGGAAUGGAAUGGGAAGAGAAUGUCUCCAGAUGCUUGACACAAUGAUACAAAAGGGUUUGAAACCGGAUAAAGUGACAUUUCUGUCUGUUUUAACUGGAUGCAAUCAUUCAGGGCUUUUUGAAGAGGGAAAGCUGGUGUUUGAUUCUAUGAAAUUUGUCUAUGGGAUAGACCCUGAACAGCAGCAUUAUUCAUGUUUGGUUGAUCUGCUUGGUCGUGCUGGCUUACUGGAUGAAGCAGAAGAGUUACUGGAACAAGCGCCAACUAAAUGUGAUUCUGCAAUGUGGAGUUCCUUACUGCGAAGUUGUAGGGACCACAAAAAUGAAAAAGUGGGACGGAAAGCUGCAACUAUCUUGAUGGAGCUUGAACCAGACAAUUAUGCUACUUGGAUUCACGCCUCAAAAUUUUAUUCUGAAAUUGGAGAUUUUGAAACCUCACUGCAAAUUAGAGAGCUUGCAAUGUUCAGGAAGAUGAGGAAGGAGAUUGGUUGCAGUUUGAUUGAGGCAGUUCAAUUGUGCCCAGGCUGAUACCAGUUUAUUUCCAUGCAGAAUGUGCUGACAGCACUCCACAUGGUUUCUGAACGGUGGCUUGUAGAACUGCAGAAAGCAAUUUAUCUGUCUCAUAUCUGCUAUUGGAUGGCUUGAAAACUUGGAGAUAGAAGAAAGGGAUUAUAUCAGACCUUUUGACUUCCAUCAUGGACAAGUGAAGAUAAUGGCAAGCUUCUUGUGAAAGUGGAUGGAUUUGGUGCAGUUGGUGAUGGGGUUUCUGAUGAUACGAAGGCCUUUGUAAAUGCAUGGAAGCAAGCUUGCUCUACACCAAGAACAGUUUUCCUGGUUCCGCUAGGGUGCUGUUAUCUUGUAAAUGCAAACAGAUUCAAGGGGCCUUGUGCUGAAAUAUUAGUUGUCCAGCCUUGCAAAGUGGCACCAACCGUUAGGAUCCUGUUUCUGACAAAACCCAAUAGAACAACUCUGGCAGAGUUACAAGAGUGCACAUUAAUUAUUUACAUCCAGAGUUCUUUUCCAUGCUUUGUCACUGGAUGUAACACAAAGAGUUCGUUGCAGGAACCGACUAUAAAUUCAAGUUCAGUGGUAAAGGUGAAAGGGCUAACGAUUAGAAACAGCCAACAGAUGCAUUUCGUCAUCUCCCGUUCUGAAUCUGUGCUCCUCUGAUAUAAAAGUUUCUGCUCCAGAGUACAGUCCAAACACUGAUGGAAUCCAUAUCACUUAAUCAAGAGAAGUAGCUUUCUAGAACUGUAAAAUUGGAACAGCAUUGGAAGCCUUGGGAAGGACAACAGCAUAGGCAUAGGCACAAAGAUGUGUCUUGGAUACAACUUUCCUAAGGAAGACUACAAAUGGCCUCAGGAUCAAGACUUCGCAGGGAGGAUCUGGCUAUGUUCAUGCAGUACGAUACCAGAAUGUGGGGAUGCAAGAGGUUUCCAAUCCCAUUAUCAUUGAUCAAUUGUAUCCUGAUUCCUCAGUUGCUUGUCAGAACAAGCUGUUGAAGUAAGUGUAAUUGUGUACCAUAACAUUAUUGGGACUUCAGAGAGCCCAAGGGCCAUUAAAUUCGAUUGCCGUUACAGUUCCGUGCUAGCACAGUUCUGAACAACAUCAAUCUAUUCGGUAAGGAAGGCAGAGUUGGGACCUCCUGUCUUUCUGCCUCAGGCUUUGGGUACGGGUUUGUGCAUACUUCAGCAAAAUUCAUGUCUUCCUCUGCCAACAACCCGAUUGUGGAAAAAACCAAGAGAUUGAGCCGGCAAAACCCAACGAAGAGCAUCUCAUUCACACGGUGCUCUGACCAGUUUCCAUUGAGCUUAAUCUUGGAUAACUUCUAUUUAAUGAAACUGAUAGACAGGAAAUGACUUGUCUAGCAUCUAAUGAAAGGGAUGGGAUUUGUAUACCUGUAUGGAGUCCCUAAUAGAACAAUAGAGAGCAAUUAUCUGUCUUGCUUGAAAGUUGAAAUGAAUAAAGUGACGCAGUUAACUGUUAUGUUUGUUUGUGUUGAUUUAAAGCACAACGUUCUGGGCUCAGAUUAAACAAGAAGAAUGAUUAAUUUCUGU